UCCGUUAUGGAGGAUGUGAUUGCGGUAUUUUUAUUUUAUCAAUAAUAAUGUAGUAAACGUCAUAUAAAUGUCUUUUGUGUUUAUGUCACCUGAUCCAGAACAAUCGCUAUAUGAUAUAUGCCUUUAAAUAAUUGGGAAAUUUACAGUAUUUGCUGUUCAGAGUGGUUAUAACAAGCAAGGAGUCGGAUUUGAUGCCUGUUGGCAGUCCUUCAGGAUGGGGAAACUGUUGUCAAAGAUAUUUGGCAACAAGGAAAUGAGAAUAUUGAUGCUGGGGCUUGAUGCUGCAGGGAAAACCACCGUUCUAUACAAACUGAAGCUUGGCCAGUCUGUAACUACGAUACCAACAGUGGGCUUUAAUGUAGAAACUGUCACAUACAAAAAUGUCAAAUUUAAUGUUUGGGAUGUUGGUGGCCAGGAUAAGAUACGACCUCUAUGGCGUCACUACUACACUGGUUCACAGGGUCUGAUAUUUGUGGUCGACUGCGCAGAUCGGGAUAGAAUCGAUGAAGCCAGAACAGAGCUACAUCGAAUUAUUAAUGACCGAGAGAUGCGGGAUGCUAUAAUUUUAAUAUUUGCCAACAAGCAGGAUCUUCCAGAUGCCAUGAAGCCGCAUGAAAUUCAAGAGAAGCUAGGCCUUACCCGGAUACGUGACCGGAACUGGUAUGUGCAGCCCGCGUGUGCUACAACAGGAGACGGACUUUACGAAGGCCUCACUUGGCUGACUUCCAAUUCCAAGUCUUGAUUUUAUUCAUUCUAGGUGACAUUGUUUUUAUAAAUUUCUCUUCAUGAGAAAGGACACACGUGUCGCACCUGUACGUUUGGUACGCUGCGCACCAGAUAUUGUAUAUGAAGCAUCGUAACAACUAGGUUAGCACCCUAGACGUUAAUCUUUCACACGAUUUAUUGUGUGUCAUGGUGAAAUAAGGCACAAAUGAACUGUUUUACAGACCUACAGUGGUUUUCCUUUACAAGCAGUUUUUCUUCCGUGUAGCCAUAUUUAUUUCACUUUUUUUUUGUUGCAUUAUUAACACAGGUGCUUGCUUCUAUUUAAUGAGACUUGUUAAGGGCCUCCCCGAGUGUAUAUUUUUCUCAAGUGUAGUUUUUUUUUAAUAUUGUGCUAGAGAACCGAUGUGGAAGAAAGGAUAAACUGAUGUCUUUCGUGAACUGGCAUAUUGUUGGGGUUUUCGGGUCAUGUAUCUACUAACUAGAUUGAUUCCUUUAUAAAUCAAAUCAUAGCCAGAGUGUUGAGUAUUUGUGUCAUAUACGGAGCGUUAUUUUUGAUAACAUCAAACUCAUCGGGUGUGUUUGUUUUUCAUAUGAUGUGGCUAGGUGUUGGAAUAUUUAUUAUAUAAGAAUAAUGUGCUCAUGUCAAAUACUCUUCAGACUAGACACAAGGUGGGACAUCAGGUACUGCAACUCCUGGUGUAUUACCAGUGGCGGAUCGACGGAAAAUAGUGCCUACAGCAAGCACUGAAAUUGCGCCCCUGUCCAAACAUCUGACACCCAUCUUUUAGAUAAUGUCCGACUUCAAUAGAAACUGCUCAGUGGCGCCCGCUUCAAGUACCUGCCAUAACCUAGGUACGCCACUGGAUAUUACCAGAUUUGAUUGUCUCUUCCCACCUCCUUCCUGAAUUUGGUGCCCUAGACAGAAGAUUAAUUUGCCUGGUGGUAAAUCCAGCCUAGGGAUUUUCGAACCGAUCUUAGUGCUAAGGAAUCGUAAAACCAUCGUAGGCUGUGACUUCGUCGUCGUGAUGUCAUAGCUUAUGGUGGUUUUACGAUUUCGUAGUGCUAAGAUGGCUUCGAAAAUAUGCGCCCUGGUCUAUAAUUAUAACUGAAGUCAUGGGUAUAUUUAUCAGCUGUCUGUAUACAAUUACCUCCACUAACUUCAGUAUUACAAGUCAUAAAGGGCAUUCCUGACUUUGUAGCCAUAGUAACGUAUUGCUGGCUUACAGUGUUUACAUAUUGGUUAUGUAUUCUUGCUUUGGAUAUCGAUGUCAGUAUAUGCCUUGUGGUCAUACUAAUGUUUGUAAUAACGCUAACUGAAUUUUACCACAAAAAUGUGUAUAUUAGGAGAUAAAAAAUCCAGUUUGAAUUACUACAAGCAUUAGGAUGACAGAACUGCAUUGGCUGUAUAAACAUUAAUAUUUUAAGCAGGGGAAAAGUAAUUAUUGUGUAAAUCUAAUCAUUGUGAAAGCUCUGUGAGCCGGUGUCAUGUUACAAUGUCUUCAAUAUCGGAAUAAACCCAGUAAGAAACAGUUUACGAUUGCUGGUCUGGCAUUUGUGUUUUUAUCACUAAAUAACUUUGCAGUUAAAAAAACAAAACAGUUAUAUUAAAUAACAAUGUUUCAGUCCAAAAAAUUGUGUCUUGGUCCCUGUCACAAAAUUAUUAGCUUUAACUAAUUUAAUGCCAUUGAUCAAAAGACCAUUUAUUGUGUCUUAAAGAAUUUAGUAUUCAUUUGCUGAACUUUGCAUCCGUGAAUUGUCCUAUGUUUACAUAAUGUUUCAACAGGUACCAAAUGGUGCCAUGAGACAAAUGACUUUGGUUUCUUUAGAUGUUUGUUGGCACUAUUUGCAGGUGACAUGCGCCAUCAUUAUAAAAUGACUUAAACCUGAUGCUGUUAGCGAAGUUAUUAAUUGUUUUUGUUUGUUUCAGGGGUUUUUUGGGGGGUGGGUGGGGGCUUGUCUUGCCUUUAUGAAGCCAAAAUGGAGAUAUUGGUAUUACUUUUCCAGCGACAGUGGUCAACUUUGACAUUUAGCUUAACGUUUAGUUUUACAUUUUGCACCAUUUCUCACAAACUAUAAGCCCUAGAUCAAUGAAACUUGGUAUAUAGGUGCACCUAUCGAUAUACAUCAUAAUGCAUGUGAAAAGACAUAUUAAAAACAUUUUUAGUUAAUUUUUAUUUAUUUUUGAAAGUAAUUUUUAUAUCAUUUUUUUUAAAUGCUUGAGAUGAAUAUGGAUGCAGCUGUCGUCGAAUAAGUUUAUGGCAGGCGAGACAUUUAAUUUUGCAAAAAAAAUUGUUUUGUUUUGUUUUGUUAUGUGUGGCCAUAAUUCAAAACCAUACUUUUUGUCACUAAUUUAAACUUUAUGGUCUGGACAGGUCCUACAAAAUGUUGCCUGAAAAUCUAUAUACAGUUGAAUCCCGUUGGCUCAAACCCCAUCGGUGCUCGAGAAAGUGUUCAACCCAUCAGGUAGUUCGACCUAACCACUCGGUCAACAACGUGUAAGUGUAACUCGGGAGUUCAUUUUUGGUUCGAGCGUAGCUGUGUAUUUAACCUUUCCAAGUUAAACCAACGAGAUUCUACUGUAUUUAAUUUGUUCUAAAACACAUUUUUUAUUAUUUACACGGCCAUCGGGUUCCAGUAGUUCCAUUAUUUUGGUUUAUUUUUAAAUUAUUAUGGCUAUGUAGCUAUAAAUCAAAAUAAUGAUAACAAAAUAUUAAAAAAGAGCUCAAUUUUUAGGUACCAUUAACUGUUUAAAUUUUUUGCAAAACAGAAUAAAGUAGCAGGCAUUAGUUGAGAGAGAGAUCUAGCUCAGUCCAUAGAGAGCUUGCCUGCGGUGCUGGGGUUGUAGGGUCAGACCUGGAUUAUUUUGGUCCCAGCUAGUGCCCUAUGACAGGUACAUCAAAGGUAUGUGCUGCCUUGUCUGUGGUGCAUAUUAAAGAUCCCUUGCUGCCAAUGGAAAAUAUUUAGUGGUUUCCACUGAAGACUAUUAAAAUAACAAAAUGUUUUUACAUCCAGUAGCCGAUGAUUAAUUAAUUAAUGUGCUCAAGUGGUGUCGAUAAACAAAAUCAAACAUUAAAGUUAGACGCACAAGAUAGUGACUCAAUGAGGGAAGAUGGUAGGCAAGUGUUGUAUACUCUACACCUGCACAAUAAAUUUUUAUUUAACCAUGUAUGCAUACUGAAAAAAACUUUGCAGCAUAUCUACGACAGAAAAUAAUAACACCCUGUGAAAUCGAUUCUAGAACAGUCCUAGGGGGGAAAAAGUAUCUUUAAUAAUUUAAGAAUAAUUAGCAUUCUUCAACCCGAUACCACUUUCAUCAUAUUGUUUUUGAAAGAGUUAUUCCCCUUAAUGUUGAAAUUGUAUGCUUAAAACCGGUUUUGUUUUUACCUAGCUCUGUGUAUUGAUCUGCUAUCGGUCACAUUGAAAUCAUGAAUUGCAUAAUUAAAUAGAGAUUAUUACACGACCUUGUGUGUCAUGCUGAUUAUAUGGAACGGUAUUCAGGAUUCUUGUGUUGUGAGAGUGAGGGCAAUGCAAGAAUCCUGACACUAGGUUUGUAAAUUCAGUAUGGCUCACAAAAGAAUGUAGUAAUUUCUUUAUUAUCUGUAUUUUUUUAUUUUUUUUAUGGAUAACAAGAACCAUGUAAAAAAAAAAAUAUAUAUAUAUAUAUAAACUAGAAGGAAAUGAUGAAAUCAUUUUGUAAGCGUCAUCAUCUUCCCUUCAUAGACAGUUAUAUGAUAAUGACCAACCAAUGGCAAAACAUAAUAAAGUUACAAUGAACUUUAUUAAUGAAAUAUGAAAUGUAAUUACAAUAUUUCACAAGCACAGAGCUAAGACUAGGGAAGCUACAUCAUGUUAUGAUGUCGCUUCCCAAAAUUAUGUCAUUGGUUAGUCAUGUUAUUACACGUAACGUGUGCUUUGAAUGGUUUCUAUUAACUGUUAUUUUGAACCAUGUGGAUAAUAAAUUUGUUUUAUUGCAGUAUAGAGACUGUUUGCUGUUAUUUAACUAGGUCAUGUACAUGUAAAAAUGUCUUGAAAAUAAUAAUUUUUAACCCUUGUUUUUUCCAUUUCAAAAUGUUUAUUUCUUUGCCAUUAACAAUGUUUUCAUUUGUGAUUUAUUUUCUUCAUACCCCUUAUUUAACAUAGUAUAAAGCUAACUCCUUUAGUUAAUUUAGUGCUAGACACAUACUUUACUGAGUCGUAACAAUGGGUAAGGGUAUUUAGUUUCCUGAGUUAUCAAUAGUUUGCAGUGCUUUGUUUUAAACGAAAGAGUUAAACUGAAACCUUGUUAAGUGAGCUCACGUGUUUCGUUAAAUAGUACAAUGCCUAGGCCCUAUGAAUUGCCUGUACAUAGCUGUACACCUCAUUUUAAUUCAGCUUGUGAUCUG